AUGGCCGAUUUUAAUCAGUUCGGCUCUUCUGACGAGGAGAAUGCCGAGAUAAAAAAGCUGGCACUCGAGGUCGAAGCUGAUACCGAUAACUUUGAGUCUUGGGAGAAGCUCAUACGCGCUUGCGAGGCCCAAGAAGGGGGACUUAACCGAAACUCCAGUCCCCAGGCGCUUGCUGCGCUUCGCGAUGUCUACGAUCGAUUCCUCCUCAAGUUCCCUCUUCUUUUCGGGUACUGGAAGAAGUACGCCGACCUCGAGUUUAACAUAUCUGGCCCAGAAUCCGCUGAGAUGAUCUAUGAACGAGGAUGUGCUAGUAUAACAAAUUGUGUUGAUCUAUGGGCUUCCUAUUGUUCCUUUAAGAUGGAGACCACUCACACCCCCCAUUUGGUCAGAGAGCUCUUCGAGCGAGCCGCUACUUCUGUCGGCCUUGACUUUCUAGCACAUCCCUUCUGGGAUAAGUAUAUUGAGUAUGAAGAGAGACAGGAAGCGCAGGAUAAGAUCUUUGCCAUCUUACAGCGAGUUAUCCAUAUCCCGAUGCACCAGUAUGCUCGAUAUUACGAGCGCUUCCGCCAACUCGCCCACAGCCGGCCUAUUAAGGAGUUAGUACCACCCGAGACGCUCGCGCGUUUUCGAGCAGAGGUGGAGGCUGAGGGCGCUGCGUAUGGUGUGAUGCCGCGGGCUGAACUAGAAGUCGAGCGAGACGUCCGUGCUAAGAUCGAUGCCAUGUUCUACGAAGUCUUCCAGAAAACUCAAGAUGAGACGAAUAAGCGAUGGACGUACGAAUCGGAAAUCAAACGGCCGUAUUUCCACGUCACUGAGCUAGAGAACCCGCAGCUAGCUAAUUGGCGGAAGUAUCUCGACUUCGAAGAGAGCGAGGGCGAUUUUGCUAGGACGACAUUCCUCUACGAGCGUUGUAUCGUCACAUGUGCCCUGUACGACGAGUUCUGGCUGCGUUAUGCCAGGUGGAUGUCGGCGCAACCUGGGAAAGAGGAAGAAGUUCGCCAUAUCUAUAUGAGAGCUGCUACACUCUUUGUGCCUAUUAGUCGGCCAGGCAUUCGUCUGCAGUUCGCUUACUUUGAGGAGUCUUGCGGUCGCACCGGCGUCGCCCGAGAUAUCCACGAAGCCGUAUUGAUGCAGCUACCCGACUGCGUGGAGGCUAUCGUGUCUUGGGCUAACCUUGAGAGACGACAAAAUGGACUCGAUGCAGCCAUCCAGGUCUACAAGGCCCAAAUCGAUGCUCCACACGUUAACAUUUUCACAAAGGCCGUUCUCGUUACUCGAUGGGCUUACUUGUUAUGGAAGAUUAAGGGAUCCGUCGACGAAGCAAGAACCGUUUUCCUGAAGAACGUCCAGUGGUAUGCUGAUAGCCGCCAUUUCUGGGAGCAGUGGCUUGAAUUCGAACUGGAACAGCCCACAAACGCAGAGAUCGAAUCUCAACAUGCCGAGCGUGUUAAGCACAUCUUUGACGAGUUGUUGGCAAAGAGCCGGAUAUCAUCAACAGCUAAGAAGGACUUGUUCCUGGUCUAUCUUGCCUAUCUCCAAGAGAGAGGUGGUGCGGAAGCGAUGAAACAAUUCCUCACUAUCGACCGUGAGAUCUACGGUCCUACUUCAUUGUCAGUACUCGAUAGGCCUGCAAUUAAGGAGAACGGCGUCGCAAGAGCCCCUCUAGACGAUGCCACCAAAGCAAAGGCUGAGAGUAGAUACCCUGCCUAUUACGAGUACUAUAUGGAACCCGAGGCCAACGCGCAAGGAACUGCACCUUUCCAGUAA